AUGUAUCGAAUCUGGAAUAUCUACGUCCUCGCCGGCUUCGGCACCAUCGGCGGGGCACUCUUUGGUUUUGACGUCUCUUCCAUGAGCGCAUGGAUCGGCAGUAAACAGUAUCUCGAGUUCUUUGGACAUCCGAACUCAGAUACCCAGGGCGGCAUCACCGCGUCUAUGUCGGCUGGUAGCUUCAUCGGCUCCCUCCUCGCCGGGUGGCUGUGUGAUCUUAUGGGCCGACGAGGUAUCCUCCAAGUUGCUAGUGUCAUCUGGGUCAUUGGGGCCGCCGUCCAGUGCAGUGCCCAGAACAUCGCUCAUCUCAUUGUCGGGAGAAUUAUCAGUGGUCUUGCCAUUGGCAUCACCUCGUCCCAAGUCUGUGUCUAUCUCGCCGAGCUCGCCCCUGCCAACAUCCGAGGCCGUAUCGUCGGUGUUCAACAAUGGGCCAUCGACUGGGGUAUCCUUAUCAUGUACCUGAUCUCCUACGGAUGCUCCGUCUCCGUCUCGGGCCCUGCAGCCUUCCGCAUCGCAUGGGGUGUACAAGGCAUACCUGGCGUCAUUCUCGGAGUCUCCCUGUUCUUCUUCCCAGAAUCUCCUCGUUGGCUCGCUAGCAAGGAUCGCUGGGACGAGUGUAUCGAUGUUCUCGCCGGCCUGCACGCUGGCGGUGACAGGGAGUCUGCUGUUGUGCUGGCCGAACUUGACGAGGUCAGGGAGGCCGCAAAUCUGGCUGCCGAGUCCAAAGAUCUUGGUUAUAUGGGACUCUUGGCACCAAACAUGUGGUUCCGCACCUUGACUGGUGUCAGUGCACAAGUCUGGCAACAACUUCUCGGAGGAAAUGUGAUGCUUUACUACAUUGUCUACAUCUUCCAGAUGGCUGGACAGGGCGGAAAUUCUGGACUUACAAGUGCCAUCAUCCAAUACGUCAUCUUCUUGGUGACUACCGGUGGUGUGCUCCCAGUUAUAGAUCGUGUUGGUCGGCGAACACUUCUGAUCUAUGGUGCCAUUAUCGCCUGCUUGCUGCACUUCAUCGUCGGUGCCUUGAUGGCUUCGUACGGACAUGCCGUGGACUCGAUCGAUGGCAACGAGAUUCUGAAGUGGGAAAUCACCAGCACUGCCGCAGCCAAGGGAGUUAUCGCCUGUUGCUACAUAUUUGUCGGAGUUUACGGCAUCACAUGGGCGCCCGUCGCAUGGAUCUACGCAUCAGAAGUCUUCCCUUUGAGAUACAGAGCCAAGGGUGUGGGCGUGUCUGCUGCGGGAAAUUGGAUUUUCAACUUGGCCCUCGCAUUCUUUGUUCCACCAGCCUUCACCAAUAUUCAAUGGAAAACCUACAUGAUUUUCGGCACUUUCUGCGCCGUCAUGACUGUUCAUGUCUUUUUCUUCUACCCGGAGACCGCUGGAAAGUCACUCGAAGAGAUUGACGACGUCUUUGAGAGUAAGACGCCCGCGUGGCGGACGGGCCAGCUUGGCACUUUCCAGGACCGUCUGCAGGAGGUCGAGCGUAAACAGGGCGAUGUGGAAACGACUCAUGAGGAGGCGCCUUCUGCUCAGAUGGCUGCGAAGGGGCAGGGGCCCACUGCACCUGACGAGAAGGUCUGA